CGACUGUGUGGCUGUGUGGCAACGCUGUACGCAAACGUCAAGUCGCAGCUGUCAGUCGUCUCGUACCGAAAAUGUCUGCAAUUGUGCGAUAUAAUUUGUUAACGAAACCGCAAUUUGUUGCGGCGCUGCCGUCGACUCUGCAGCUGCGCCUACAGAGCACUCAGGCCCCGCCACCCGGCACACCGCCACCACAAACGAAGACCAAAUUUGGUCCACUCGCCGAUGAGGAUCGGAUCUUUACCAAUCUUUAUGGACGCCACGAUUGGCGUUUGAAGGGUGCCCAGAAGCGUGGCGAUUGGUACAAGACCAAGGAGAUUGUGCUCAAGGGACCCGACUGGAUCAUCAAUGAGGUCAAAACGUCCGGUCUGCGUGGACGAGGUGGCGCCGGUUUCCCCAGCGGCAUGAAAUGGUCCUUCAUGAACAAGCCCGGCGAUGGACGUCCCAAAUAUCUUGUGGUGAAUGCCGAUGAGGGUGAACCGGGCACUUGCAAGGAUCGCGAUAUUAUGCGUCACGAUCCGCAUAAAUUGGUGGAGGGCUGUCUGAUUGCUGGUCGUGCGAUGGGCGCCCAGGCUGCCUACAUCUAUAUUCGUGGCGAGUUCUACAACGAGGCGUCCAACAUGCAGCUGGCCAUUGCGGAGGCCUACCAGGCAGGCCUUAUUGGCAAGGAUGCCUGCGGCACCGGCUACGACUUUGAUGUGUUUAUGCAUCGCGGUGCUGGCGCCUACAUUUGUGGCGAGGAGACGGCGCUGAUUGAAUCGUUGGAGGGUAAGCAGGGCAAGCCACGCUUGAAGCCCCCAUUCCCCGCCGAUGUGGGUCUCUUUGGCUGCCCCACGACGGUGACAAAUGUGGAAACGGUCGCUGUGGCGCCUACAAUUUGUCGUCGUGGCGGCAACUGGUUUGCCAGCUUUGGACGCACUCGUAAUUCCGGCACGAAGCUCUUCAACAUUUCGGGGCAUGUGAACAGGCCCUGCACCGUGGAGGAGGAGAUGUCCAUCCCCUUGAAGGAGCUAAUUGAACGCCACUGUGGCGGAGUCAUCGGUGGCUGGGAUAAUCUGUUGGGUGUCAUACCCGGCGGCUCCUCCACACCCAUCAUACCGAAGAAGGUGUGCGAUGAUGUGAUUAUGGAUUUCGAUGGUUUAAUUGCGGCCCAAACAUCACUGGGCACAGCGGCCAUCAUUGUGAUGGACAAGUCAACGGAUGUGAUCAAGGCUAUUGCUCGAUUAAUCCACUUCUACAAACACGAGAGCUGCGGUCAGUGCACACCUUGCCGCGAGGGAAUCGGCUGGAUGAAUAAGAUCAUGGAACGCUUUGUUAAGGGCGAUGCUCAACCUGCUGAGAUUGACAUGUUGUGGGAGAUAUCCAAACAGAUCGAGGGACACACGAUUUGUGCGUUGGGCGACGGUGCCGCUUGGCCGGUGCAAGGACUCAUUCGUCACUUCAGGCCCGAGAUCGAGAAGCGAAUGCAGUUGCAUGCGCAGCAGCCAAAGCGCGCCACUAAUUAAUGUAUACCGUUAUAGCUAAUUAUAUUUGAAUUAUGUUUUUAAUCGCGCGUCGUUUCUUGCAAAUAAAAGUGUAAAGUUCUCUAAA